GUGGAAAUAUUUUGAAUGGUAACGACUUGCUGAAGACAAAGAAAGCAGAGUUGAUUGCCAAAUAAGUAUCAUGAAAAUUCCGUUUGGUUAACUGAUCACCUGCUACUCACACCAUAAUGGCCGACUCUACUCCAAAAACCAAUCAACAUGACCUCCAAUCUAAGCAAGCCCAACCAUCCCCACCCACAUUUACCACUCAUAAGAGUCAAGAGAACUCAGCGGGCCCUCACCAAAUCGAAAUUCUGAAUUCUGAUGCCAACUCGAAUCGAUGGCCAAGCGUCGGGCCGGUAUUGGACUCCAAAGGCGCAUCCUGUCAGUGGGCGCUGUCCACGGAUAAGUCAAAAUCUAGAUGGCUGUCUUCUUUGGGCAAAGGUCUCGCCGAAAUCUUAGGAUUGGCUAGAAAUAGUCAAAAGGAAGAUUGGAAACUAAAAGACUUUCCCACUGAUUAUCGGCUGUAUACAUACAUCAAAGGAACAAGGGAAGACCAAUAUCUGUUUGGCUCAGCCCAUGUAUACAAAUUCCGUACUGCCAAUGAAUUCCUGCCUCAUCUUCAGUGGCUUCUCUGGAAUCAAGCAGGAUAUUGUCUAUGCAAAUACUGCUCUGGUGCGAAAAACCAAUUCGAGGUUAACGCAGCUUUAGGUCUGCCCACCUCGGCGUCGAAAGGCAAACCUGACGGAAGUCAACCUGCGGACCGCGCCAAGCGCCCGAAACGAUCCCGCUCUCCCACUGCAAACAACCAAGUCAACUCCAACUACAAGUUUCAGGGCCCGUAUCUCAACGAAGAACUAAAUCGCGAUAUUUUAGAAAACCGCUCGAAUUUCCGGAAACACGAAUUGAUUUGGUGCCUGGUUACUGAUCUGAUGGUCGGUGCCAAUCCAGAGCUCAGUCGCAACAUUCAAGAACUCGGUAUCAAGUACUGGCCUGGCCUAUGCGAAGAACCAACCUUGUUCAAUGAAAGUAGAGCAUUCAUCUCGAUCCUGGAUGAUGAAAACGAUCGGACUGAAGAUUCAAGUAGAGCUCCAAACCAAUUGAAGCGGAAGCUCAACCAAAUCCAGAACUCACCCUGUGGACCAGCUUCAAACGAAUUUGAAAACCAACAAAGAUUCAAGUGGAACAUCCGCCUCCUUGGUCUCUCUGAUAUCGUCAUCCGCGAAGAGGGGCAAAUUUUACCAUGGUUGUUUAAAACAGCCGAUUUAAAGCAAAAGUUUAGCAUCAACAAGAAACAAGGAAUGAUGCUACCCCAGCACGUUCAGAAUAGACACACCAUACGGCCGACACUCGACAGCUUCACCAGCGUGGAUGAAACACUUGUCGCGUUUCAGCUAGCUAUACAGAUUGCGGCUAAUCUCGAAGAGUUUUGGGUUGCGCGCGAUCGAUACGAUUCUAUUCCAGACCCGGACACUGAUGACAAACCUGGUAGCUCACAUCGCAUCAGCCAACAUGGGACCGGUGCAGAUUCGCCCACAACGUGGUUUCAGGGGAUCUGGUGGGGAGCAGAGAAGAUAUGGCUAUAUGAUUUGGUACGCUUGAACGAUGUUAAGCUGGCCCCACAUUUGUCCUCGAAAACAAAAACUCCCAGCCAUGACCCUGAAAAUCCCCCAACGACAAGCAAGCCCACAGAAGAUUGCUGCUUUUUGAAAAUCGAAGGGAUCUAUCGAGAUGAACUAGGCAAAAAGCUUAUCGUGAUGGGAAAGAUGUUUGAUUUAGUCCCGGCACAAAAAGGCUCAACUGUCCCAUCCUCGUCAUCACCCCCCUUGAAUACAGAAAAACAACGAUGUAACCGAUCGAGAAAGUGGAUGCCGGAUCCACCAGCAGGAUUUAAAUUCAGGCAGCUCACCAAGUCGAAGGAAAUGAACUACUUUCACGUCGAAUGCAUUGCCGGCCGAUACUACUCACCCACGCGCAAAAAUCUGUCUGAUAAAUUGUCAGAGAUUUGCAGAAGAUUAACCCUCAAACUUUCUCAAGAAAAUGACCAAGUUACCAAUCAUCAAACCUUGGUUUCCCAAAACGCCAGUUUGUUCGGUCUGACUCCUGGUCAGAAAAAUUUCAUGAGAUGUCGGAAAUGGAAGCCAAAUAGAGCUGAUUCCUUGAUCGACGCCGAAGCGUUAGCUGAACAAGAGUUAAUUCUGGCUUAUGAGAAAUUCAAGUCAACUAGGCUAAACAGGAGCGUCAGUCAUACCGACGAGAAUCAGUACACCACGAACACUCAGACUACCACUAACAGCAAUCCGCACAAAACUAACGGCAAUGACUGCAGGCGUAAGAGUAAUCAACCUGACAAGAAUCGUAUAGUCGUCAUUGAGCUCGAUCCUUGAGCUUGAGGCAAGUCGUAAACUUGUCAGUGAAAUAAUCUUUAUCUGGGUUGAAUGCCUCGUUCUGUAACAUGCGCAACCACCAAUCGGCAUUGCUAAGCAAAAAAACAAAGCAGAAAGCAAGUGGAGCUUGUGAAUACCAGAACUUCAUUUCUUGAUGAUGAAGGGUGUGUGUGUAGUAAAGUUCUUGGGUUGUAAUUGUUCAUCUUAUCCUUCAAUCACGCCUUCAAUCACGCCCCUUUUAGUGGCUAUUUCAUACGAAUUGCAAAAUAACCUCACCAUUGGUUUUCACGAUAAUGAUAAUUUACGUACUUCCUAAGGUCUUUCAUCUUCAGUUGCUUUAAGAAGCAACACAUUUACAGCAAGGGAUGCAUAACAAUCCCAUCAUUGAGCUAUUGUC